UGAUAUAAGGAGGCACAUGAACCAUGUUUAGUGAACCCCCGGGCACAUCCUAAAAAUUUGCAUAAUACUAAGAGGGGGUAAUUUAUAUCUGAAUCAGGGUUGCCUUCUAUCAUUCUGUUAAGCUCAUUCCUAGGAUAUUCCCUCAUCAUCUCCUAAUUGCAUGGAUUUCAAUUCCAAACCGUCCCCUUCCGAGGCAUGCCCCGAGACAAUGGAUUUUCUUUCGCGUGCAUGGUGCAACUUUGCAGUUCAAGCUCUCCAACCUGAAUUACAUGAUCAAUCGAUUGUUGUCUUAGACAAUCCAAUCAAGAAAUUUGAGAGUGAAAACCCCAAUGUCUUUUACAGUGACUUUUAUAACUGCCUGAAGAUGGAGAAAAGCACAAAGAUUGAUGCUACUGAUUUUAAGUCUUCUUUGCCACCAUGGAAAUCCAAUGAUGUGAAGUCAUGGAUAUGGAUGCAACAAGCGAUGCAUCCAGAACUGAAUUACAACGGCUGCUUUCGAAAGAAAUGGAUGCCCUGGAACAUAGUUCCCUUUAGGGGUAUUUCAAUAAAGAAAUGGUUGAAGGAGAUGAAAGCAAAGCGAAAGGAAGAAGAUAGACUACAAAGAGCAGAAGUGCACGCAGCAAUGUCAGUGGCAGGGUUAGCAGCUGCACUGGCUGCAGUUGCGGCUGAAAACUCCAAAAGGGAUUGUAACCCAACCAAGGAGGCUGCAGUAACCUCAGCCGCUGCUCUGGUUGCAGCACAAUGCGCCAAAGUGGCAGAAGCAAUGGGGGCAAAGAAGGAGCAGCUUGGCAGUGUUAUAGGUUCGGCCAUGAGUGGUACAAGUGCAAGUGAUAUCUUAACACUAACUGCUGCAGCUAAUACAUCUUUAAGAGGAGCUGCAACUCUUAAAGCAAGAACAGGAUGCAAGAACAGAUUCGAUGGUAGUGCCCUCAUCCUGCCAAUUGAGGACAAAAACGAUUUUCCAUUUGAGUUUGAGAAGUGCAGGUCUAUGCUAGCAGAGGGAGCUGAGCUAGGUGUAGAAACACCAGAUGGGAAACACGUGGUCAGAUCAGUGUCCAUACUCCUCGAUGGUGAAUCGAAGGUUAUUCUGAAACUAAGGAAGCUCAGCCUGUUGAAAAGCAAGAAAGAAUGCAUUGUACUGGACCUGCAUGCUGAGUUGUAUAGAGAUCCUGAAGCUGAUCAUGAGACUACUGAUACAUGUUACCUAAUCGUGUUAACAACAAAUUUGGGGACCAUUAAGCUAGACUUGGUAGAUGAUUAUAAGCGUUAUAAGACAUGGGCUACCACCAUUAAUCACAUGCUCAUGCUUUCCACUUCUUUUUCCAAAUAUCAACUUCAGUUCUACAAAAACUGA